AUCGUAUCGCUGGCAUGACAUUGGAUUGGAUUGGAUGAACAAUUUGCAGACGAGUUGGUCUCUUUGAGUUUGGUCAUUAUUUGAGCGAUAAUCUUGGCGUAUGUACUUGACUCGUGAAUGAAGGAAGUCGUAUUAUUACUACUAUUGUGACGAAAAGUGGACAGUUUUUUUUGGGGUGAAUAAAAGAAUAUCACUUUGGGCAAGAAAACGAUUAAAUAUUGCAAAAGUGCAGUAGGAAAUAUCUGUAUUAUUGUGUGUUUGACAUACUCAUAAAUUUGCGUAUUUGACAAGGUCGUGCUUGGACAGGAUGUGAAAAUUAAUAAUUAGUUGUGACGAGGAUAAGUUACAUAAUUUGGAAGAAGUUAAGGGAAAAAAUUGGGAGGUAGAUUUAACGUGAGAUGAAGAUGGGACCGGAUAAGUAUUAUUGGAUUGGGAUUUUUGUGGUAAUUUGCGGCAUAGCGAAUAGUUCGGAAGCCCUCAAAUUAAACCCAUUUAAAAGUCAUGCCCCCGAAGAAAGGAAAAUUCGGGUAGAACGUUCCCCAAAGCCGGAUAAAACGACGGGUGGACUUUUUGGGGAUGCAUUUGGCAGUGAUAAUUCCUCCACACCGGCUUCCGUGGGAGGAGCAGAUGGCGGUAAAACGCCAAAAAUUGGAUUCCUCCCCCUGCCACCGGGCUACAAUAAGUUGGUCAUCCCCUUGGGAAACGUCAGCAAGGAAAUAUUCGUCAUGGUGCAUCUCUCAAUUAGAGAAAUUUUAGACGUGGAUUCGAAUGAGGGGAUAGUAACCAUGGAUACGGAACUCGGCGUGACGUGGAUAGAUUGGGAAGUGUGGAAAUAUUUUAUUGAGGAUGAAGAAGCCCAACAAAAGGUGAAGGAUGGUCAGGAAGAGAUCAUUUUGGACUCCGAGUUUCUCAAGAUGAUCUGGAAACCCGACAUUUUUAUUGAGGAAAUGGAAUCCGUCGCGAGGACGUCGAUUCUCGUAAACUUGGUAAACCUCCGAUUUCUCGUUAAGAAUCCGGUGAUGCCCGGAGCUAUCACUUUCGAGGCGAGACAAACGUUCAAAGUGCGGUGUGAGAUGGACUUUAAGUAUUAUCCGGCCGACAUUCAGGUUUGCCCGCUGAAUAUUAGGUCAUACUCGUACACGCAAGAUCAACUCUUCUUACUGUGGAAUCCAUCUCAAAGCGUCUUCCUCGACCAGACGGAAGACUCGAACUACGAUUUCCAAGUAUCUAAUGUCGAACCAGGAGAAAAGUUGUACGAGCUCUUUACCAAGAGCCAGGCUCCCUGUUGUGGGCAUCGGAACUACUCCACGCUCAGUUUCUCAAUCCAAAUGAGGAGGAAUUUAACGUAUCACUUUGUCCAGACGUGUCUACCAUCGAUUCUACUAAUUUUGAUAACUUGGCUCUGCUUUCUCCUCCCACCGGACAUGGUGGAAGUCCGAAUCGGAAUUUCGAUGACGACUUUACUCACGCUGACCGCCAUGUUCACCGCUGUGAGAGAACAAUCGCCUGCCGUUUCGUACACGAUGGCAAUAGAUAUCUGGAUGGUGUUUUGCAUGUUUCUCCUGUUUUUGGCCCUUGUCCUAUUCACCUUCAUUUACUGGUUACGUAGAAAAUCUAAAGAGGACAGCGAAAAAGAUGAACCACCACCCGUCCCUAAAAUGGAAGAAAACGGCAACACAGCACCACUCCCCAACGGAACAGGUCAUCCCCCCUCCAUCAAAAACAUCGGAACUUACCGCCGUAUCGUUAAAAACAUAAAGAAAUACUCCUUCUGGUUGUUUGCCUUUAUUUUCAUCACUUUCCUCAUCGCCUAUGGCACCUGGCUUCUCACCGCGUCCAACUAUUACGACUGGGACCCCUCCGAAAAAUAUAACGCCCUCCCGCUUGAAGACGAGGACGGAAAUGCGAACGAAACCAAUCGACUCUUCACCAAGGAGGAGACCACAUUCCGACCCACCGCGAAAAAGAAGACGGUCGAAAGCACCUUCCGUUUCAAGGAUAUUUUCAAAAACGUAAUUUUUCCAAAAUUGGAGGAAGUCAGGAGGAAACAAAGAGGUGGCGUGGAUUCGGAGGAAGAAGCGUCGGAAGAAUAUGAGGAAGAGACCGGUGGCGCAACCGCAGAGGUGACGACGAUGCGAUUGGACACUGUUAAUGCGACGGAGGGAUAAGAAAUUUGGGUGAAGGGGGAGGUUACGGAAUUUUGCAAAAUGUUGUAAAUUUUGUAGUAGUACCAUAUUCAUAUGCUUAACUAAAUGAUAAAUACGCUGUUAAAUAAUAAGUAGUGGAAUUUGUGAAGAGAUUUUACCAGAUUUGCGAUAAUAAUGAGGGAAUAAAGUUGGUUCAUAAUAUGCACA